GAGUACCAUGCGCCCCUCAAGGCAGCUAUCAAGUCGGCCACUGUGUUAACUCGUUGAGUGCCAAUUUCCCAGGUAUGGGGCAUCUGCUACGGAAAUGGAUCCAAGAGGGGACCGCAAGACGCAGGUCGAAAAGGCCACCUUCAACCCCCUCCCCUCUCCUCCCCUCCCCUCCCCCCGUGCUACGGCCGACAGACAGGCAAGUCGGCUGUCCUGGACCCAGAUCGAUGGAACCAAUGAAAAGGUGAGCACGGACAGACUCGCGCUCAAGGCUGUUCCGGGUCUUGGAGUCUUGUCUCUUGCGCCGCCGCCCUCUUUUCCCCCUCGCCCCAGUCAUGCGGAUCUAGCGGUUUGCCGGCAGCCAUUUUCUUUCCACUCACUGCACAUCAAGGACCUCGCUUAUUUUCUGCCACCGUCUAUCUUAACUCGAUUAGGAAUUACUACAAUUGCAUCUCAUCUGAAAGAAAUGGAAAGGAAAACAAAACCUUCAAAGACACCAAAGUCUGCGGGCGGGGCAGAAAGCGUAAAUGGAUAUGAAGGGUUCUGUUGUCGUUGUUGGUGGUGGUGGUGGUGGUGGUGGUGGUUAUUGUUGUUGUUGACUUUGGGGCUUUGUUGACUGCUGUGAGCGAUUUCGGCGGAUCUUCAGCACAUACCCAAUGAAAAUUCAAAAGAUACAAGCCUACUCAAGUGCCAGCUUCGAAUUACCUUGCUGAUUGACCGAACCUAAUUCGACUUGCAAAAGCUCCCUGGUAUCCGCGCGGAUAACAGCCGAGCCCACCUCAUUUGGGUUUCUACCCUAUCGGUUGUUUUCCCCUUCCCUCGGGGACGAACACAGAACACAGCCCUGAGAACAAUUGCUAGCGAUGAAAAAGGCGACAACCCGAGGGCGUGCGCCGAGAGGUUAGCCAAGAACACAGGGGUUUUCGCACUGUGUGGGUGUUGGACGCGGAAUGCGAUACACUGACUGUUUCGCACUAUUGACCCAGUAAGUAGAAUCAACGCCCUUUCAUUGCCAAAUAUGCGCAUUUU